CAGUCAGGGUGCUGUCACAUGGUUUGUGUUUGCAAGCUGAAGCAAGAGGGAGACUUCCUUCCACACAAAACUUUGGUACGUUUCAGCCAGCUUUGACAAGACGGCCGGUUAUGGAAAUCCCUGCCAUCAAUCUUAAGCCACGGCGGUGGACCAGACACCUGACUGGAUGGAAGACUGUGCUGCUCAGUGAAAAUGAAGCCAUUGAAGCGUGUUUUUAUCCAAAUGAAUGUUGAUGAAUGUGUUUGACCGGCAGGCCAUCGUGGUAGUGCACUGGCUGCUUACGGUCUGGGGUUGCAUGGCCUGGCUGCCCUCCUCCUUCGCCUGGAGUAACUUCAGCGUGCUGGCCGUCGGCGUGUGGGCCAUCGCUCACAGGGACUCCAUCGACGCCGUGCUCAUGUUUCUGAUCAGCAUGGCCGUCACCAUCCUGACGGACAUCAUCCACUUCGGCAUCUACUACUCCCUGAGCGACCUGGCCACGGAAAAAGGCCGCGACGUGUUCCGCUUCAGCGCCGGCAUGGCCAUCCUCAGCCUGCUGCUCAAGCCCGCCUCCUGCUUCUUCGUCUACCAGAUGUACCGCGAGCGAGGGGGCGACUACAACGUCAACUUUGGUUUCCCCUCCUUGAGCCGAAACCGAGAGGCCUACCAGUCCAUCGAGCAGCAGGACCAAGCCAGCGGACAAGACAAGUCCUUCCAGCAGGCGCAGGACAACAAGGCCGCCCGGGCAUACUAACUAACUAACACUCAGCACCAACCUUCACCUUCGGACUUUUGACACAGCAGGACGUCACGGCUCAGAGAUUUUUUUUUUUUUAUCAGAUUCAUCUUUCUAUGCUGUUCUUAAAGACUUUCGUUGUAUUAUUUUGUGUUUUUGUAUUCCCCUUUCAAAGGUGGCACUUCAUCAUUGUCUCUCUUUUAAACUUCCAUUGUUUCGAACGCCUUCCAUCUGCUCUCAGCUGACAGUUUAUUAGGUACACCCGGAUAAACACGAUCAUAAUAACCACCUCGUGCCGAUAAAGCAUCCUUUUUUUUAGCAGCA